AUGCCUCGCAAUAACAAGAAGGUCAAAAACGCCCCUCCGCCGCGCCCUCGCGGACCAAGCAAGCCAUCUGGCCCAUCUUCAAACCCAGCCAAGGGACAGCAGCAUGGCAAUGGGCAAAAGCAGGGCAACUCUAAUGCCAAUGCACCUAAGAAAGCUUCUAUGCAAGCAAAUCAGAGACCUAUUGUGCCGUUUUUGAGGAAGGACCGAAUUCUUCUGAUUGGUGAAGGUGACUUUUCAUUCGGCCGUUCUCUGGCAAAGCAAUACAAGUGCCGCAACCUAUGCGCCACAUGCUACGAUUCCAAGGAAGCACUGUACGACAAGUACCCGCAAGCUCCUCGGAACGUCUCAGAUAUCCUGAGCGCAUCAGCAAAGGCAAAACCAGCAACCGACGAGACAGAAAAGCAGCCAGAGGAGAGUAAAUCCGAAGACCCGAUCUCAACCAACCCCAACCAGCAACCCCCCAAAGUCAUCUUCUCUGUGGACGCGCGCAAGCUCGGCGCUCCAGCAGGCGGUGGCAAGGAAAUCCGCACAGGAUUCGAACGUCGUGAGCGCAAGAGACCAGCCUGGUACCAGCAAAAUGAGCCAGCAGGACCACCGUACCAGCCCGGCGGGCCGUGGGAUGUGAUCUGCUUCAAUUUCCCGCACGUGGGCGGGCUCUCUACGGACGUGAACCGACAGGUUCGUGCGAAUCAGGAGUUGCUGGUUGCGUUCUUUAAAGCGUGUGUGCCGCUUGUUUCGAAGCCGCCGCCGCUUAUGGAUGCUGAGGAUGAUGAGUGGGUGUAUGCGGAUGGGGAGGAUAGUGAAGAGGAGGAUGAGGAGGACGAGGAUGAGGAAGGAGGAGAGGGUGAGGAGCUGGGGAAAGAUGAUGAUACUACCGGGAAGGGUUUCCGGACUGGGCCUGGUCAGAUCCUUGUGACUCUGUUCGAGGGGGAGCCGUAUACGCUUUGGAAUAUUAAGGAUUUGGCGAGGCAUGCGGGGCUAGUUGUUGUGACUAGUUUCCGGUUUCCUUGGACUUCUUAUGAGGGUUAUUCACAUGCGAGAACGGCGGGGCAUAUUGAAGGGAAGGAUGGCGAGCGCGGAGGAUGGAGGGGAGAGGAUCGGGAGGCUCGGAUGUAUGUCUUUGAAGUGAAGCAGAAGGAGCCGGCCAAGAAGGGAGGGAAGAAGAGGAGCAGGGAUGAUGAUUCUAGUGAUAGCGAGUAG